CUAGAGGGAGGCAGGGCACAAUGUGACACGCACAGGCGUAACACAGUUAGUUACUUGCCUUCUCUUAUCAGCCUAGGUUGAUAUUUGCCAUUCGGAUCUACCGUCGUACAUAGAAAAUACGCAUUUACCAAGAUGCCUAAGCCACUGACAGACCAGGAGAAGAGAAAGCAGAUAUCGGUGCGAGGGCUUGCAGGAGUGGAAAAUGUUUCAGACCUCAAGACUAAUUUUAAUCGCCAUCUCCACUUUACGCUCGUAAAGGACCGAAAUGUUGCGACCAAAAGAGACUACUAUUUCGCCUUGGCCAACACCGUGCGCGACCAUCUGGUUGGCCGAUGGAUCAGGACGCAGCAGCACUACUAUGAGAAAGACCCCAAGCGUGUGUACUACCUGUCCCUGGAGUUCUACAUGGGGCGCACCCUGCAGAAUACCAUGGUGAACCUGGCACUAGAGAAUGCCUGUGAUGAGGCCACCUAUCAGUUGGGUCUGGACAUGGAGGAGCUGCAGGACAUUGAGGAGGACGCCGGCCUGGGAAAUGGUGGCCUUGGACGUCUCGCCGCCUGCUUCCUAGAUUCCAUGGCGUCUCUGGGACUGGCAGCUUAUGGCUAUGGCAUCCGCUAUGAGUUUGGCAUUUUCAACCAGAAAAUUGUCAAUGGCUGGCAGGUAGAGGAGGCUGAUGAUUGGCUGCGCUACGGCAACCCCUGGGAGAAGGCCCGCCCUGAGUACAUGCGACCUGUCCACUUCUACGGCAGAGUGGAGCACACCCCUGAAGGGGUGAAAUGGGUUGACACACAGGUAGUGUUGGCCCUUCCUUAUGACACCCCAGUUCCUGGUUACAGGAACAACGUUGUGAACACCAUGAGACUGUGGUCCGCCAAGGCCCCCUGUGAUUUUAACCUGAAAGACUUCAAUGUUGGUGGCUACAUUCAGGCUGUGCUGGACAGGAACUUGGCUGAGAACAUCUCCCGUGUUCUCUACCCUAAUGACAAUUUCUUCGAGGGUAAGGAGCUGCGUCUGAAACAGGAGUACUUUGUGGUGGCAGCCACACUGCAGGACAUCGUCCGUCGCUUCAAGUCCUCAAAGUUUGGCUCCACUGAGGUUGUGCGUGUGGACCUGUCCACCCUACCUGACAAGGUGGCCAUCCAGCUGAACGACACCCAUCCUGCCAUGGCCAUCCCUGAGCUGAUGAGGAUCCUGUUGGACACGGAGCACCAGACAUGGGAGAAGGCCUGGGACAUCGUUACGCGUACCUGUGCCUACACCAACCAUACGGUCCUGCCUGAGGCCCUGGAGCGCUGGCCCAUCGACCUGUUCCAAAACCUUCUGCCCAGACACCUGGAGAUCAUCUUCGAGAUCAACCGACGCCACCUGGAGCGCAUUGCUAAACUCUACCCUGGGGACCAUGACCGUCUGCGCCGCAUGUCCCUGGUGGAGGAGGGCGACCAGAAGAAGAUCAACAUGGCCCACCUGUGCAUCGUGGGCUCCCACGCUGUCAACGGAGUGGCCCGCAUCCACUCGGACAUCAUCAAGGCCACUCUGUUCAAGGACUUCUACGAGGUGGACCCCCACAAGUUCCAGAACAAGACCAAUGGCAUCACACCCCGACGCUGGCUGGUCAUGUGCAAUCCUGGACUGGCUGAAGUCAUCGCAGAGAGGAUUGGUGAGGAUUACAUCCGCGAUCUGGACCAACUGAAGAAUUUGCUGAAGUUUGUGGACGACGACUCUUUGAUUCUGGACAUCGCCAAGGUCAAACAGGAGAACAAGCUGAAGUUUUCUGCUUAUCUCGAGGAGCACUACAAGGUGAAGAUCAACCCAAACUCCAUGUUCGACGUUCAAGUCAAGAGGAUCCACGAGUACAAGAGGCAGCUGCUCAACUGCCUGCACAUCAUCACUCUCUACAACCGCAUCAAGAAGGAGCCCAACAAGAAUUGGACCCCCAGGACUAUCAUGAUUGGAGGAAAGGCUGCCCCUGGUUACCACACUGCUAAGCUGAUCAUCAGGCUGAUCACGGCCAUUGGAGAUAUUGUCAACGACGACGAGGUGGUGGGCGACCGCCUCAAAGUCAUCUUCCUGGAGAACUACAAGGUCACUCUGGCCGAGAAAAUCAUCCCUGCGUCCGACCUAUCUGAGCAGAUCUCCACAGCUGGCACAGAGGCGUCUGGAACUGGCAACAUGAAGUUCAUGCUGAACGGAGCGCUCACCAUCGGCACCAUGGACGGAGCCAACGUAGAGAUGGCUGAGGAGGCCGGGGAGGAGAACCUCUUCAUCUUCGGCAUGAGGGUGGAUGACGUGGACGCCAUGGACAAGAGCGGAUAUGAUGCCAUGGAGUACUACAAUCGCAUUCCUGAGCUGAAGCAGGCCAUGGACCAGAUCUCUGGUGGAUACUUCAGUCCCGACCAGCAUGACCUCUUCAAGGACAUUGUCAACAUGCUACUGCAUCAUGACAGAUUCAAGGUGUUCGCUGACUACGAAGCCUACAUCAAAUGCCAGGACAAAGUCAGUGCUCUCUACAAGAACCCUAAAGAAUGGACCAAGAUGGUGAUCCACAACAUCGCCGGUUGUGGUAAAUUCUCUAGUGACCGCACCAUCUCCCAGUAUGCCCGGGAGAUCUGGGGCAUGGAGCCCAGCCUGGAAAGGAUCCCUGCCCCAGACGAUCCUCGCCAAUAAGCCCUAGCCCCAAAACCAGCCUCAGGCUUUUCCACAUCCCAACCUCUGUUUUUCCACAGCCCCCAACUUCUGGCUUCCACAAGAAAAAACAUGUUAACUUGAGAAAUGGUUUAGAAACCUGAAAUCUUCCCUAUAACUAGUACCUUUUCAUUGUGUUAUUUAAUUGUGGUCAGUAUUAGUUGAUAAAUGACUAUAGCAACCCCCUGUCCAGCUAUGUGAUGGCCAAUAACCUGAUUCCACUUUUAACCUCGACAUUCAGUAUUCAUUUUCAAUGGGCUUAAUCAAAAUCAGCAUUCACCUUCUCAAUGCAUAGUCGACUGGCUGUGCAACAUCAGUAACACUGUUCACCAUAAUUUAAGACAAUUUGGCCAGAGAAUACACCUUUAACAGUCAUUGGGGUCAACAAGUAGCUUGAAACCUCACCACUGUCUAAUGGUACCAAAACCAUCUCUUCCAAGGAUGAGACAUAACGUUAUGUUAUGGCCCCCCGUGGGAAACGAACCCACAACACUGGCGUUGCAAGCACCAUGCUCUACCAAGUUAUUUGGUGCAGAUUAGAAUAAAGAGGUUGUCAUUGGCAGGCCAAAGCCAUAGAAUCACAAUACAGUAUUGAAAAUAUGCACGUUCUUCUCACAUAGACACUGUGAUUCUACGGCUUUGGCCUGCCAAUGACAACCUCUUUAUUCUAAUCUGCACCAAAUAACUU